GCCCUGGCAGGCACAACAACAACUCUAUUGACAUUUUGGCAUUACAUAAAUUGUCAAAAACGAAGUGCAAAUUGUUGAAUUUCUAUUAAACAAUUCGUACGAAUGGCGGCCUUAAUCAGAAAUCUGGGUGCCCGGGCCGCUGUUGCCGCUCUGACGGCCAAGCACGUGGUGCCCGCUGCAGGCUCAGCUGCUCUGCGAAUGUCCAGCACAGCUCCUGUGGAUACCAAGAAGGCGGAUAAGCCCACUGUCCGCAAGCCAGAUGCCGCCGCCCGCACUAGUCUCUCGGAUUUCGGGCGCUAUGUGGCCGAGUGCCUGCCCAAGUACGUGCAGAAGGUCCAACUGACCGCCGGCGAUGAGCUGGAGGUGCUGAUCGCUCCGGAGGGCGUGGUGCCGGUGCUGCAGUUCCUCAAGGACCAUCACCAGGCCCAGUUCACCAACUUGGUGGAUAUUGCCGGCGUGGAUGUGCCCUGCCGCAAGCACCGCUUCGAGGUGGUCUACAAUCUUCUCUCGCUGCGCUACAACUCGCGCGUCCGCGUCAAGACCUACACCGACGAGCUGACACCACUGGACUCUGCCUGCGAGGUGCACAAGGCAGCCAACUGGUACGAACGCGAGAUCUGGGACAUGUACGGCGUGUUCUUUGCCAACCAUCCCGACUUGCGUCGCAUCCUCACCGAUUAUGGCUUCGAAGGACAUCCCCAGCGCCGCGACUUUCCGCUUUCCGGCUAUGUGGAGCUGCGCUACGAUGACGAGAAGAAGCGCGUCGUCUGUGAGCCGCUCGAGUUGGCCCAGGAGUUCAGGAAGUUUGACUUGUCGGCACCCUGGGAGCAGUUCCCCAACUUCCGCAACGCUAAUCCCCCAUCCGAGGUGGUGCCUCAACAGCCGGCUCCGGCCAAGAAGUAAGCCCGCGACACUUAUGCUUCGUUAACUGGUAAUUAGAUCAAUAAAAGGAGGUACGAGAUAUGUUAUUGCCCAAAA